GCAUUCUGGAUUCAUUACAAAUCAACUGAAAUAUUGCAAGCCUUUUAUUAUUUUAAUAUUGCUGAUUAUGGUUUACAGCUUAAGAAAACUCUAAAAUCCUAUCUCAUAAAAUUUGAAUAUUUCCUCAGACCAAGUUAAAAAAAAGAUUUAUAACAGCUGAGUGUUUGUCAAGGCUCAGGAAACCCUUGCAGGUGUUUCGAGUUAAUUAGACAAUUCAAGUGAUUUGUUUAAUACCCUACUAGUAUACUUUUUCAUGAUAUUCUAAUAUUUAGAGAUAGGAUAUUUGAGUUUUCUUAAGCUGUAAGCCAUAAUCAGCAAUAAAUCAGAAUAAAAGGCUUGCAAUAUUUCAGUUGAUUUGUAAUUAAUCCAGAAUGCAUGACAUUUUUGUUUUUUUAAUUGCAUUACAGAAAAUAAAGAACUUCAUCACAAUAUUCUAAUUUUCUGAGACAGUCCUGUAUAUAUAUAUAUAUAGACAUACACACUGUAAGUUUCUGUAGUGUGGUUGAAUUGUGUGUAUUCUUGCCCUGCUGUUGGUUAAUAAUUAGUCUUGUUUCUAGUUUUAUCAACGAUGGACAUUCGCCCCUAUUUAUUUGCAGAAUACUGCAAGAUUUUACACAUUGCAUUUUUUUUUUCAUUUAUUAAAUAGUUUAAGGUGUACAAAUCUUGCAGCAAAAACGGACUGAAGUAUUUUUCUCCCCCUUUUUCCAUCUUGUAUUUAAAGACUCGCCGACCUGUAUCGCACGAGGCCGCUCUCUCUCUCGCUCGCUCCCUCGCGGCGAGUUCAAAGCAUCCGGUGGCCGGACUGCAUACCCAGUAACUCUCCUGCAGCAUACUGUUGCACCAUGAUGACUAAGCGAGGGACACACAUCUUUUCUUUGUAACUGUUGUGUGGGUGGGACAAAAGAAAAAGGAAACCAGGAAGUGUUUCACAGCCACACACUAGUGCGACCUGCAGCUGCUUUUGUUUAGUUUGCAUCUUAACUCUCUGGAGAAAGACUUCUGUCUACAACAGUGCCGGCGACGCCGUAGGCGAAGAUCUCCAGGAUGUUUUUGUCCCUGGCUUCCGUCGUGGUCGUGGUCGUCUCUAUUUUUUUGGCCGGCAUUAUUCCAGCCUCCCACGCCGGGAAAGUUCUGGUGUUCCCCCACGACGGCAGCCACUGGGUGAACAUGCGGGUGCUUGUCGAGGCGCUGCACUCGAGGGGGCACGCCGUGACCGUCGUCCGAGCCAAAGACAGCUGGUACAUCAGCGAGACGUCUCCGCUCUACGACGCCGUCACAGUGGACGUCGCCGGCGGCGGCGGCGAGGACUUCUUCCGUCUCUUCGUCUCCGAAGUCAUCCGGAUCAAACGGAGCGAGGCGGCGGCGCCGUGGGCCCGCUUCGCUCUGGACAUGGAGCUGAAGGGCAAGUUCUUCGAGUUGCACCGGAAGGUCUGCGAAGUGGUCGCGCACAUGUUCGAGAACGGCGAGCUGAUGAAGUCCCUCCGAGACGCCGAGUACGACGCGGUUUUGACGGACCCCGCCAACGGAGGAGGGGCCAUGCUGGCGCGCCGCCUCGGGCUGCCGUUGAUGUUCAACGCUCGGUGGACCGUUCACGGCGAAGCCCACUUCGCCAUCGCGCCCUCUCCCCUUUCCUACGUCCCGCUCCCGCCGUCGGAAUUAACGGACCGAAUGACCUUCGUCGAGAGGGUGCAAAACGUUGUUUUUUACACCAUGAGGAUGCAUCUGUACAAGCAGGUGGUCGGGCCGCAUUAUUCUGCGUUGUGCGAGCGCUACUUUGGUCCAGACGUGGACUACUUCUCCCUGUUUCAAGCCGCCGACCUGUGGCUCAUGAGAGUGGACUUUGUGUUCGAGUUCCCUCGGCCCACCAUGCCCAAUGUCGUCUACAUCGGAGGGUUCCAGUGUAGACCGGCACUGCCUCUCCCUGACCACUUGGAGGCGUUUGUGCAGAGCUCUGGCGAGCACGGGGUCAUCGUCAUGUCUCUGGGGACGUUGAUUGGAGAGCUUCCCCGGGACCUCGCUGAUGAGAUCGCUGCGGCGUUUGCCGAGUUACCCCAGAAGGUCAUCUGGAGGUAUAAAGGUGACAGACCGGCCACUCUGGGCAACAACACGCUGAUCGUCGACUGGAUGCCCCAGAACGAUCUUCUGGGGCAUCCACAAAUGAAGCUAUUCGUAAGUCACGGAGGAACCAACGGGAUAUACGAGGCCAUCUAUCACGGCGUUCCGAUCGUGGGCAUUCCCAUCGCGUUCGACCAAGCCGACAACCUCUCCAGGCUGAGGGCGAAGGGCGUCGCCCAGGUCAUGGAUGUGUCUGAAUUGGACCGGAAGACAUUUUUGAAGGCCGUGCAGGAAGUCCUGCAGGAGCCGUCCUACAGGGAGAACAUGCAGAGGCUCUCCGUGCUGCACAGAGAUCGGCCCAUGAAGCCGCUGGAUGCGGCCCUCUUCUGGAUGGAGUUUGUCAUGAGGCACAAAGGUGCAGCUCACCUGAGAACGGAGUCCUACAGGAUGCCCUGGUACUCCUACCACUCGGUGGACGUGGGGCUCUUCCUCCUAACCGUCGCGUUCGCCGUGUUGUCGUUUGUUACGGGGUUGGCGUGGUCGUGCUUUAGAUUGUGUUGCAAGCGUAAAGUGAAAUCUGAUAAAACGGUGAAGAAGGAAUGAUCAAUUUUCACAUUCGCCGUGAUCAGUUGAAUAUUUAAAGGAAUCGAGGGUUUUACCUGAAAUGUUACGCUAUGUUUUUUAGGAAACAAGUGUAAAGUAAAGUCAGGAAAUGCAAAAGCAAGCUGAUGGAGUACUAAUCAUUUCUGCUUAUGAGGGCAAGUGACCGUGUAACCUUUACUUUCCUGAGAACCCACGAGUGACUUCUUUAGGACAGUGACUUAUUCUAUACUCUGUUUUUACUCUGUACACAAGAACAUUUCUCGAAUAUUAUUUCCUUCAAAAUAAAAGGAAACAAAGGUGAUCAUACGUCUUUCAAGCCGCCAGGGGUCGUAUAAAAUGACGUGGUGGGCCUUGUGUUUGACACCUGUGAUGUAGAGCUGUGCCAAAACUUGAUUUGUAUAAUUUACUACGGCUCCUGGCAAGGCGCUUCCUCUCGUCUUCUAUGGACCGAAAGGUACAGACUUUACUGACUGUACAGUCGUAACUUGUGUUUCAGACGCUGCGUACGGACUGAUAAAUCCUCGUGAGGAGAUAACGUGUUGCGGUGUGUAAAGAAGCUUGUGAUAAAUAUGUUGAAGCAUGAAACUGUUGUAACUUUUCUCUUGCAAGAAAUAAACAAGAGACAACUCUGAUUCCAAA